AUAUUGCCAAACAGUUGGGGAGCCAGUUAGCCAACAGUGGUCGAUCCAAGCGGGUGGAAGUUUCAAUUGAGAUCUAUUCAAAAGCGAGAGCCAUGAGGGAAUAUAACUUUUGCGCCUUUCUGAUAACAGCAGUCGUUGUCAGCCAGCUGGGCAGUACUUUAGCCAUACAGUGCUAUAGCUGCAAAUCAUCGGAAACUGGAGAGGCAAGCUGUCUAAUGAGUCCAUCUACCCAAAAUGCUGAAGAGUGUUCUAAUGAUUGUUACACCUCGGUAUCUGCAGACGGCACAAUAACUCGCGGAUGCUUGGGCAACGAUACCGCCUGCUCUUUACCUUCCUGUUCGUCCUGCAAAGAGAACAACUGCAACACGAACAUUGUGUGCAAGGAAUGCCUUGGGUUGGAGGAGUGUGCCACGGCCAAUAUGACGGAUGCGAAAUACAAUGCGGUGUGCCCGCUCCUCGAUGGCACACAGUGCGUGAGCCUGGUGAACGACAACCGGACAGUGAGCCUUUCGUGUGGCUCCUCCUGUGCGAAUGUCACGUGCUCCUCCUGCACGACGUCUCUCUGCAAUGAAGCGUUGUACCCCGCCGAUCGUCGGCAGUGCUACACUUGCUCAGGAACGGAUUGCGAUACGGUUGCGGCCUCGAUUGCCACUGGAUGUAGUCAAACUGACGCCAAGUGCUUCACCACCGGAACGUCUGCGACCAACAUGACCCGUGGCUGCACAUCGGCCACCACGGAUAUUAAGUGCGCGGCCGACAGCACCGAUCCCGGCUGCCUGCUAUGCGACUCCAACUUGUGCAACUCGCAGCAGUACCAACGGGACGCCGGAUCCUGCAUUAUCUGCGACAACUGUGACGCCCAGCAGAAUGCGUCCCAGAAGCAGUCCUGCGACCAAGCCCUCUAUAACCAGACGAUCGGAUGCUACACACUGACUACGGGCAGCACUGUAAGUCGAGGGUGUUUGAACAAAUUGGAGGGAGAGUGCUCUGCGAACAAUUCCUGCACUUCCUGCUCGGAUGCCGGAUGCAAUGUGGCCGCCGUGGACGUCCCAUUCGAGUGCAUCGCCUGCAUUUCGAACGAGGUUGCCGACUGCUGGUCAGCCACUAAGCCGGAAGACCUGCCUGCGGUGAAGUGCGGGAACGGAACCUGCUUCAGCGGAAUCUGGAAUGGCCUCGGAGUUCGAGACUGUUUUAGCUCCGCUAGUCAAUUGAUGCAGUACCAGUGCGAUCACAAUGUGGAGGGUCAUCAGUGCACCACCUGCACGACGCUCACCAAGUGCAACGCAAAGGGCUUUAGCGGAGCCGCCUCCCUCAGCCAGAUGGGCGUGGUCGGUCUGCUGAUGGCCCUCAUGCUCGCACUUCGCAGUAGCCUGUAAUCCUGGAACUUCUGAUAAGGCUGGCUUAUCUAGCCAGGUCAACAGGUGGUGGCUGGGUCUAUGACUCAGGCAGAACAACAGACAAAAAAGUAUCAUAACUAUUAUAACUGAAGCUAAUUAGCAAUACUUUUAUAAUCCGAAAUAAAACAUCUGUAAAUAAAAUGAA